AUGAACGACUCAUUUAUGGCGACUUCGAGGGUUAAAGUUAACUCUACAGCAGUAUUAUCGGUAUCAACUACUCCAGUACCGCACGACGGGGCAAAAUCGUUUCGCAUUUAUUUAAGGAACCGCUUGAUGAUCAAGAGAUAUUAUCCUAUAGAACCAAAUGAUUUACAUAUCUACGAUGAUACGUUUUUUGAUGGCUUAACCAGCGAACGAAACGUUCCCGUGCAUAUGGUGUAUGUCAAUGGAACCGGUAAUACAACAGCUGUGUUGUUUGGUGACAGUUUUGCAUACACUGCACUUUAUUAUAUUAUCCAAGCCUUUGGGCCGGAACGUCUUGGGCAUAUUAAACGUUGUGCAAGAUAUGGAUGCACUCCAAUUCUCAGUUAUUCUGAAGAUUCUUCGACUAGUUGCAAUAUAUUAGCAAAAAGUUGUUUGACAGUUAUACACCGCAUGAAACCAGAUAUUGUUUUCUUGAACUUUCAAUUCGAAGACGCAAUUUUAUCUAAAAUUGAAAAUAUAACGACUGAUAGUAUUGUCAAAAAACUUCAAAAAACAAUCGACGAACUUAUGUUGUCAACGAAAAGAAUUGUGCUUACUUACGAUCAUCCUCAUUCGCCUUUUUUGGCUAUGGCGAAUUUAGCCCUAAAUAAUCUCGUUAAACUAAAAUCUAUGGACGAAUUUAACAUACCGUACAACUUGUUUUGGGAGAAACACCGCUAUGGAUACGAACGACUGGAUGCGAUUAAAUGUGCAAAAUGUGAACGUUUAUUUACCUACCGUUGGUUCUGUGACACUGAGAUUAGCAAAACUAAUUGUGCUAUGCUUAUCAGAAAUCGUAGAAGUGCUAAAAAUAGCAAUUUCAGAUUUGUUAUACAUUCAACAACAAAACGAAGUUACUGUAUUAUCGUGAUUGUUGUCAUUUGGGUUUAUAUGGAAUCGAAUAUUUGA